AUGAUUAGAAAUACCUUCAAAUUAGUUUCAAAUAUUGCUGUUCGUCCAGCUUUUUCAAGCACUUUUGUUAGACAACCAAUUGUCGCUUCAUCAAUGAUGGUUAGAAACUAUGGUUCAAUUUCAGAAAAAGAAAUCACUGAUCGUGUUAUUGGUGUUGUCUCACAAUACGACAAAGUCAGUGGUAAAACUGUUACACCAACCACCACUUUCAAAGAACUCGGUCUUGACAGUUUAGAUUCUGCCGAUAUUUUAGUUGCCGUCGAAGAAGAGUUUGGUAUUGAAAUUCCAGAUGAAGAAGCCGAUAAAAUUACUUCAUGUGCUGAAACUAUCUCAUACCUCAGAAAAACACCAACUGCCAAAUAA